AUGGCUUCCUUAACCUUCCUAGUGUUACUCCUUCUUGCUCUUGUCAUUCCUCAAGGGUUUGCCAACUAUGAGAAACCUCCGAUUUAUCAACCACCGGUGAAAACACCUCCAAUCUACAAGCCACCAGUAGAGAAACCUCCUGUUUACAAACCACCUGUUGAGAAGCCUCCUGUAUACAAACCACCAGUAGAGAAGCCACCCGUGUAUAAGCCACCCGUUGAGAAACCUCCUGUUUACAAACCUCCUGUUGAAAAACCUCCUGUUUACAAGCCACCUACAGAAAAGCCACCAGUAUACAAACCACCAGUUGAGAAACCUCCGGUGUACAAGCCACCAGUAGAAAAGCCUCCUGUGUACAAGCCUCCAGUUGAAAAGCCUCCAACAUACAAGGCACCAGUUGAGAAACCUCCGGUUUAUAAGCCACCGGUUGGGUAUCAGCCACCAGUUUACACUCCUCCUCCGUAUUAG